AAUAUAAUGGUUUUGUGUUAAAACGUCGUUGUGUCACGAAUUCGAUCUAAUGCAUUCGUUGAAAAAGAAAAUAAUGUAUCAUGUGUUCCAAAAGAAAAGCUUAAAAAGCUCUCAAAAAUGGCGGAACCACCACCGUCUUACCAUCAUUUCGUGACUCCUGCAAAACCUCGAUCAUCGAGCAAACGUCACUCUUUCUCCUCUUCUUCACAUCCGACUAGCCACCGUCUCUUCCCGUGUCAGUACUGUCCACGAAAGUUCUACACAUCUCAAGCUCUCGGCGGUCACCAAAACGCUCACAAACGCGAACGCGCCGCUGCUCGUCGUAACCUCGGCGUCCUUGCUAACUCUCCACCCAUCCUAGACGACAACACGUUUCUUCGUCCUUACCCUUGUUUUUACCAAAACCCAUUUCAAGGAUCUACUUCUGGAAGCGAACCGGUUCAUCAGGAACAGACGACGAUGAUGACGAUGGGUGGGUACGAUCCGUUUAAUCCGUUUCCGUAUGUGUACCCGUUUGGAUUAUCCGGUAACAACGACGGAAACGGCGUCAUGGAAGAAGACGAGCCUCUCGAUCUCGACCUUUCUCUCCGUUUAUAAGUUAUCUCUGCUUUUUUUUUUUCUCUGUUUUGUUUUUUGUUCAGAUGACUCUAGCUUUUAAGUACAAAUUUGGAGCUAUGUAGUAGAGUUCAUGUCCUGCUUUUGAUCUCCUGGAAAGAGAGACUAGCUGCUACCUUUUUGGAUAUUACUUGUGACGACGAUGAUCGUUUCGGUUUUAAGUUUCUGAUGAUACUUUUAUCUUUGUUGGAUGAUGCAUUUUUGAUGGAUUAACGAUCGUCACCGUUGAUUUCGCUUUGUUUUAGGCUAAUUAGAAAUGCGACAAGUGAUGAGUGAUAAUCGCAAUCUUUUUGUGUUUCUUCAUCGCCGUCUUACUCUUACCUAAUUAAUACACAAUUAACCUUGAU